UGGAACUAUCCACUCGCAGUUCCACAAUUUCAUUGUUGUAUAUUGGUUGAAAAGGAAAAAUGUCUCUUGAUGGCAUGCCACAUCCGUAUUACCCGCUAGAUGCGCAAAUCAAGGGGUAUGUGGCUAAUGAAGCCACGAUCUUUAAUCUCCUGGGUGCCGCAAGCAUUGUCGCCAUGAGUUUACUAGGAGCAACGUUUACACUGGUCACGAUAGCAAGGCCCAGUUUGAAUCAUGCAGACCGGUUAGCAAUUUUGUGGUUUGUACUUUCGGGAGCCAUCCAUUGCGUCUUUGAAGGGUACUUUAUGCUCAAUCAUGAUCGCAUGGCAUCUGCCCAAGACCUCAUCGGUCAGUUGUGGAAAGAGUAUGCCCUGUCCGAUUCGCGAUAUCUCACCUCGGACACCUUGGUUCUGUGUAUGGAGACCAUGACCGUGCUCCUCUGGGGCCCACUGUGCCUCUGGGUGGCGUAUACCAUCUUUUCGCGCAGCUCUCUGCGGCAUCCGCUGCAGAUGACGGCUUGUAUGGCGCAUCUCUACGGUGAUUCGUUGUACUAUGCGACCAGCCUCUUCGACCACUACGCCAAUGAUCGUCCGUAUUCCCGGCCAGAGCCCUACUACUUUUGGGUGUACUAUUUCCUGAUGAACUUCAUCUGGAUCGUCAUUCCGCUUUAUUACUUUGUGCAGAGCGUGAGGGCGGUGUCGAACGCUUUCCAGAGACUGACGGACCUGUCGAAGGAGCGUAAACUCCAAUGACGUUUUUGAUCCAUCAUGGAUAUUGCUCUGUGAAACUUCUUGAUGUCAAGAUGAUGCACAUCUCUGGAAGGAUAGUGUUAUUUAAUAAGUCUAGAAUAGACGAUCGUUGCACUGCCUAAUCGUUCUGCAAAGGCGGUUGGGUA